AUUUUAAUUACCAUAAUAAUGCUAUUGCGUUUUCAAAGAGGAAGAGGCAUAAACAAAAUAGUUUACUCUCAGGAUCCUCUUGGUGUCAGAUUUAGCAGUCAAAAUGUACCAAUAAGUUCAUUUUUCAGGCAAAAUUCUCAAUUAUUGGGUUACAGUAAAUUCUCAUUUUGUUCCAAGAACAAUCCACCAGUGCCAAAAAUUAACAAGUGAUAUUAUGAAACAUUAGAUGUUGAUAAAGAAGCCAAUUCCGUUGAGAUAAAAGAUGCUUAUCAUGAAAUUGCGAAGAAGUUUCACCCUGAUCGUAACCCAGAAGCGCUGGAAUACUUCACUCAUGUUACCAAAGCUUACGAGACUUUGUACGAUGAUCAUAAAAGAGCUAUCUAUGACGAGGACUCUUUAACAGAUGCCGAGUUCUUCACUAUUAAAAUUGGACCAAUUAAGCUAAACCUGUUGAUUAUCUUCCCUUUGACAUUCAUCAUCUUCUUGGCUUAUUUUGGCAAUAAGCUGCUGAAUAAGAAGAAAGGGCCCUGCCCGAUAGACCACGAUCAUCAGCAAAUGUUUAAAAGGAAGUAGGAAUUGAUAAAAGGAAUAUUCAAUUAAUA